UCACACGACACAGGACCGAAAACACGGAGCGAGGAAUGUCACAGAUCAAACAUAGCUUGAGUGCAUCGGAUAUCCUAAUAAUAAAGAAAACAACAAUUGCAUGGUAUUGCAAGUUUGUAGGCUCACAAGUGGAGAUAAGUUAACAGAUGUUCGUCUGCAGAAGAAUAGAGUUUCCUAUGCUGGAGAUCAGUGCCUAUUCAACAUCAACAACCUUAAGCUCGUGGAAGUAAAUGAGGAAACGGAGGAGACUUCCUUAUGAGCCUUGAGCGUUUGCUAGUUUGUCUGGACGAUUUCUCUCGCAACACUUUGCAAGUUCACGAAACCAAACAGCCUGCGUCGUUUUUGGUCGCCAACAAACAUCGCGUGGACGAGUUGGAAACUCGCGCCAUUGAAAACAAGUAAGCUCGGCUGAGUUACGACAAUUACUCUGUUAGAGGUUGUUUGACACAAGUGCCUCUUGCAAUACUGGUCCCCCACCCCAGGUGUGACUCAUUCGCACGACGUCACAAAUGCGACCAUGGGAAGUAGCAGUGAGUAGGCGGCCAUCAACAGCCCCUUUAAACCAGAGGAGGGUCGUCGGGGAGCCUUGCAUCACCCCUCUGCACCUGAGGAGAAGUCCUCAAGUUCGGCAUCAGUGGGGGCAGCGAGAUAGACCUGCUGUACACACUUCCCUGCAUCAAGAUGAGAACUUCCACCACCCGGUCUUCUCCCAGCAUCAGCAGAUUCCCUUAGAUGAGUCCAGGCAAUAUAGCCACAACAGUGCACCUCCACGUAUGCUGCAUACUGCCACACAACCCCCCCAACAGAGCUCCAUCAUGGUGGAUGUUCAUGAACAGAUGCAUCAAGGAUCAGUUCCGAUAUCUUACACAGUUACCACAGUGACGACCCACGGUUUUCCCAUCCACACCGGGCAACCUAUCCCAGCCUGCAAUGCUCAGCAGCUCCCAGCAUGCUCGGUAAUGUUCAGCGGACAGCUCUCUCUGCUCUGCUGCCUUCCUCCUCCACUCAUUCAGGCCUGCACCAUGCAGCACCUGCCGGUGUCCUAUCAGGCAUUUCCACCGUUAAUCUCCAGUGAGCAUUUUAUCCUGCAUCCCAGUCCUCCAGUGCCACCCCACCAGCCUCCCCAUCUGCCUCCACUCAAUCAGUUUCUCCCCUUACAGCCACAGCACCCGCGCAUGCCUCUGCAGAGGGUGGAUAAUGAAUUGGAUCUGCGAGGAGACCAGCAUCCAUUAGGAACAUUCUCUUAUCCUCCAGCCCACCAUCCACAAUCAAUGACCCCCUCUGUCCCACUCCAGUACCUCCCCCAAGAGCCCCUCCAUCAAGAGCUACCCUAUGGAGUGCCAUAUCCGCACAUGCUGCCGAGGCGUAUGACUGGACAGAGGUACAGGUUACAACAGCCUCUGCCUCCCCCGCCCCCUCCACCACCCUACUACCCUGGAUUCCUACCAUACUUCCUCUCAAUGCUUCCUGUGCCUCCGACAGCUGUGGGUCCUGCUAUCAGCCUGGACUUGGAUGUAGAUGAUGUAGAGAUGGAGAACUAUGAGGCAUUAUUAAAUCUUGCUGAGAGACUUGGAGAAGCGAAACCUCGAGGACUAACGAAAGCUGAUAUAGAGCAACUUCCAUCCUACAGGUUCAAUUUAGAGAACCACCAAUCUGAACAAACUCUGUGUGUUGUGUGCUUUAGCGAUUUUGAGUCAAGGCAGCUACUUCGAGUAUUACCCUGUAACCACGAAUUUCAUGCCAAGUGUGUGGACAAGUGGUUAAAGACCAAUCGCACCUGUCCAAUCUGUCGAGCCGAUGCCUCAGAAGUUCACCGUGAUGUGGAAUGAGUUCAGGCUUUUGUCCUUCACUGGAAAGCAGCACAAAUCCUUGAGUGUGAUUUGUGAGUGGGGACGGACACCUGUUCUGCAGCCAAAUGCAAAUCUACCCCCCUCACCCUGCUCCCAAACCCCAUCUCUACAAUAAGCAAUCUUGGAAUUUGUAUGGAACCCGUUUGACCUCUGCUGUGUCAUUGUGUGAGUUUCAUGAAAGCUACUGCCUCUGAUAGCCACAUCCAAGUUCUGGAAUUAUGACCAUUUAGUUUUUUUCUUUUUCAUUUUGUUUUUUUCCCCCACCCCUUGUUUUUGCAGAUUCCAAAGAUAACCUGUAAUACGUGUUGUGUUGGCAUAUUUGUUUACACAAUUCAACGUUCUAUAUAGUUUUUUGAUCACGACUAAUUAAAACUCGUGCUUUAGUGUCGUUAAGGACUGCAGGGGUGGGCCCGGAUGAUGGUUGUUUUUGGCUUUACCAUGCAAUCAGAGAAAUUAAAGAAUGAUAAGCACCAGUCUGCUUGUGAAUCACCAUCAUAGAUGCAUGUCUGUGUAUGUGAUGGGCUCGAGGGACUUGUUAAUAAUUUAUGUUUUGCAAUAAUGUAUUGAUCAUUUGAAUAUCUUAAUCCUGAUUCUCUUUUAUCUGCGAAUGCUAUUGUGAAGGUGUGACUUUCAGUGGUUUAACGUUCAAAGGUCUGAGGUUAAAGGCAAAAAAAAAAAAAGGAAAAUAACUACACAAAAGGACUGCAAAUGAUGGAUGUGAUUCCAUCUGAAAACUCCCCCUGGGAUUUCAUCACGCUAAUAUAGACAUCAAGGAAGUGAGUUCUGUGAUGAGCACAAGGGGAGAUUGCUGUGGAGUUUUCGCUUUUGCUGUUGGCUGGCACGGGCAAAUUGGACUGCCCAUGAAAACACAGGGACAAGGACAGCACACUGCCUCUGCCAAGCUCCCACCUGGCUGCACUGCACAACCCCCAUCUAUUCUGGACUGGCCCUCUUCAGCCUGAUCCAUCACUCAGCUGUCACCCUCCGGGCGACGGCUACAUCCAGGAGAACAUCUUACGGGCUUUACACGGACUGUUCUUUUAGACUAGCAAUAUUUUUAACUAACAAGACCCACCGCAUUUCAGCCGAAGCUAAAAGAGAAUUUGGGAAUUGAACCGUUAUCAUCUUGCCAUUUUCAAACCUCUGCAUUUACAGUGGAUGCCAGGAGAUAUCGCUUGCCUGUCCAGAAAGACUUUGAAAGAAGGUGGAACACUUUUGCAGAAAGCAGUAUGUGCAAUGAGUGUCUGAAGUGAAACGUUUCAGCCUGAUUUUUGGAGGACUAGGCUUUUUUUUUUUUUUUUUUUUUUUUUCAUUAAAGAGCCAAAUAAUCAAUAUACACUCUACUUCUCAAGAUCUUGACAAGCACAAACCUGUUACUAAUCUUCAAAACAUCCUUUGUCAGUUCCUCUUUUAAAAGUAUACUUUUUUUUUUUUUUUUUAAAGUGGUGUUAUUUAUUGGUUUUACCUUCUAAGAGUUUUUGAAGGAUGCGGUCGGAAAACUAAAGCACCUAUAAUGUGUUUUAGUUUGCCUCUUGUUGUAAGGUCUCAGGCCAUGUUCACAGUGUAAAGUGAUGUGAAAGGAAAGAAAACAUUGUAUGCAUAGCCUUGUCGUGAAAGGUUGAAAUUAUAGUCUUGUUUUUAAGACAAAAAGAAUGUUGAAACCCUCUGUAUUUCUUGUAAAAUGGAUGGUUCACCCAAAGAAUUCAAAUUCUGUCAUCCAUUACUUAGCCUUAUAUUGCUCAACUCAUAUGACUUCCUUUCUUUUUUGGUACAUAAAAGGAGCAAAAUUAAGGCCAAAGUAUACUUCAUUUUCUGUGUGGAUGGAAAUUUCAUCAUCAGCACCACUGUCCACAGUUGUACAUCCGGACAGUUCGUGCCUUUGCAUGAUGUCGGAACAUGUGCCGUUGACUGCUAAAAGAGUAUCACAAAAUAGUCUGAGCGUGCAUGUGUCGAAUGUACCUGUUUCGGCUUGUAGUCAAAAGACUGUAAGAUACAACUAAAUUGAUUGGAGGUUGAAGCUAACAUGGUAACCUUCCAAGAAAGUCAUAUAAGUAUGGAGCAACAAAAGUGUUAAUGAUGACAGAAUUUAAAUUUUUGGGUGAAAUAUCCCUUUAAGUGUGCCACUUGACUGUAGUCGUUCCACAAAGAUCCCCAACAGGAUUUGAAAUGGCAGAGACAGAGCGUUAGGGUCGUUUAAAGAAGAAGAAAAAAAAAAAAAGCACUGUAAAACGCUCAACUCAAGGUUCACUCAAUUCCAAAAACUAACCUGAACAUUGUUCGGGGGAAAACUAUGAACUAUUUGGGUAUACUUUUUUCCCAAGUACUUUAAUUAUAGGACUUUUAAAUAUAUAAAUAUAUAUAUAUAUAUAUAUAUAUAUACACAUAUAUAUAUAUAUAUUCCUGAGUCAUAUGUCCACUGAAUAGUCAUUGUAACUCAAUACACACUGGCUUUCUCGGGUAAAGGGACUCUUUUUAAGAGAAUGUGAGAAUCUUGCUUUUGCGUGCCAGGUUUAAAAAAAAAAAAAAAGCCAUUGUAAUGAAUUUAAUCCACACGUUUGAUAAGUAAUCUAUGUAUACAUAUCUGUUCACUGGCAUAUAUUUUGAGUAUUAAAAAGAAAAAUCACUCAGGGCCUCUCGGUAAUUGAAAAUAAAGGAAAACAGUCCAUAUCAAAUGGGAUUGACGCCAUGGAGAUAUAUUUGGGUAUUCUAGGCUGUUUUCCUCAGGCCAUGCAUAUUUUAAAUGUAAUCAACUGAACUAAUAUUCCUUUUUUAAAUAGUGAUGAAUAUUAUUCUAUUAUAAGACUGGCAUGCAAUGAAAAAAGAAGAAAAAAAGAUCAAGUGACCUGUUGUAUCGAGUUAGAAUAGGCUUUUUGUUACUGCAGCCAAUUAUUAAGCAUAUGUUACUCGAACAUUUUUUCCAGCUGUUCCGUUUCCAUGUACUUGAACCACACAAACAGGUUGUAACCCCAUUUGCAAACGUGCCUCGGUGCACACACUGUCCACCUAGACCAUUUCCAAGAUUAUUCUUACAGUGUCUGCAUGUUUUAAGGGUUUAAAAAAAAAAAAAAAAAUGAAACCUGUAUUUUCAGUGAAAGAUAUCUAGACAGGGGUGGGCAAGUAUUUAAUUGUGCACAAUAUUCAUGCAUGUCUAACCAGGUCCCGACUGUUUUUUUACGUAGAUCUAGUUGGCUUUGGGUUCUGAGUAUAGGGGACUUUUUGCUCAGCUGAUAACUGCCAUGCACUGUACUGCACACAUUUCUAAUAGAACCGAAUGACUUCAAGACGUUAUUGUGCGUAUACUUGCAAAAGAAGAAAAAAAUAAUUAGUACAUUAACAUAAAGUUGUGCUUGAUGCCAGUAGGAAGUGAACAGCUUUUGAGAUGGGUAAUGUGAUUGGCUACUCACCACAUUUGUGCUUCUAUAUUGUUGCCUCAGUGACUGACACCCUUGCCUGGAAUCUAGAUAAUGGAAAGCCAUAUAGUAAAAAGGUGCUAGAUAUUCUAUAUUUAGGUGUAAUGCUACAUUCACAUAAGAGAAUGCAAUAGUUUAUGGGUCUCUAUUCAUACAGCAUGCAGUGCUAAUACCCUCACGACAGUCAGCAGCAGUUAAUAACAUUAUCAACAGGGGUUUCAAUUAAAAAAAAAUAAAAAGUAGCUUUACUUGUAUGUGCUGGUAGACAGUGACCGUUUCAAAAUGUGUCUUGUAAAGGAUUCAUUUACUGCCCAAGUGAUCCGAUUCAGUACAUCUGCCUUAAACUGAAGUAGGAGGUAUUGUCUGGGGGUAAAUAAAAAAAAUAAAAUAACGGCGCUACCACUCACCAAAAUGGUUAAAAAAAAAAAAAAAAAAGAAUAUGUACCUGUUAUAUGGUUAUCUCUACCUUUUAGCAUCUGUAAUUGUUAUGGUUUAAAAAUAAGUUGUUGAUAUACACGCAAGCACUUUUGCUUGGGUUAACCGGCUGUGGGCUCUUUAUAAUAUAUCCUUAUUUAGAUUUAUAAAGGAAUUUUUCACAAUAACCAAGAUUCCUUGAAAACCUCAGUGUUACCUGUACUGAAUUACUAAAAAGUAAAAAACAACUAUGAGUUAUGAUAAAUAGAAUCUUGUAGUCUUUCUGUGAUUCAACUAAUAAAUAAUCUCACGGCUUGUGUGGUGGAAAAUUGUGUUCCAAUAAGCAGCUAAAUACUUUAGAAUUUGUGAUUUGUUAAUUGCUCUAUAGACGCCACUGAUUGUUUACCAAUGAUUUCAUGCUGUGUGGUGGGAUAGUGGAUUGUUUACUGUUCUAUUCUCCUGGCCUCUAGGGGUCAGUCAUUGCCUGAACUCCAGACUACCCAGCCAACAACAAGGCCAGGGGCAUGUGUUCUGUGUUAGGAAGAUAUUUUGCUUUGGUACUUGCACAUUUACAGUUACCUCAUUUUUGCCAUGUUUGUAUUUGGAAGAAAAAAAUUAAUAAAAAAAUUUAAUAAAAAAAAGCUUAUAUAUAUA